CUCUUGUUUUUUGUCUCCUUCACUCUCGAAACUCCUUCGCUGUUACUACUUCAAAACCCUAUAAAUCUCAAACGAAAGAGAAGAGAAAGGCAAAAUAAGUGAGGAAAAACAGAAAGAGAGCUCCGGGAAUGGCGAAAACUGUUUCUGUCUGGUUUGCUUUGGCCGUCAUAGCUUGCUCUCUAACGGCGAUCUUAGCUGAAGAGAGCGGCGAAUCGAAAGAGUUUGUUUUGACUUUGGAUCAUUCCAACUUCACCGAUACUGUCAGUAAGCACGAUUUCAUCGUCGUUGAGUUUUAUGCUCCUUGGUGUGGGCACUGUAAGAAUCUUGCUCCAGAGUAUGAGAAAGCAGCAUCUAUAUUGAGUAAACAUGAUCCUCCAAUCACCCUCGCUAAAGUUGAUGCCAAUGAGGAAGCAAACAAAGGUUUAGCAAAUGAAUAUGAAGUCAGGGGAUUCCCAACUCUUAAAAUUUUGAGAAAUGGAGGAAAGAAUGUUCAAGAAUACAAAGGUCCACGUGAAGCCGACGGUAUUGUGGAGUAUUUGAAGAAACAAACCGGUCCUGCUUCAACUGAAAUCAAGUCUGCUGAAGAUGCCAGUAACUUUAUUGGUGACAAGAAGAUUGUAAUUGUUGGGGUCUUCCCUAAAUUCUCUGGUGAAGAGUUCGAGAGCUAUAUUGCUUUUGCUGAAAAAUUGCGUUCUGACUAUGAAUUUGGUCAUACUUCUGAUGCUAAACACCUUCCACGAGGUGAAUCAUCUGUUACUGGCCCUGUGGUCAGACUUUUCAAGCCUUUUGAUGAACUAUUUGUUGACUUUAAGGAUUUUAACGUGGAAGCUUUAGAGAAGUUUGUUGAAGAAUCUAGCAUUCCUCUUGUGACAGUCUUUAACAGUGACCCAAGCAACCACCCCUUUGUUAUCAAAUUCUACAACAAUCCUCAUGACAAGGCUAUGUUGUUCGCAAACUUGAGCAGUGAAGGUGUUGAAUCCUUACAAUCUAAAUUCCGUGAAGUUGCUGAGCAAUACAAAGGACAGGGCAUUGGCUUCCUCUUGGGAGAUCUUGAGGCCAGUCAAUCUGCCUUCCAGUAUUUUGGAGUUAAAGAAAGCCAAGCACCUCUUGUGAUCAUUCUGAAUAAAGAUGAGAAGAAGUUUUUGAAGGCGAACGUGGAAGCUGAUGACAUCGCAUCAUGGUUUAAGGAUUACAAGGAAGGAAAAGUUCCACCAUAUGUGAAAUCUGAACCUAUUCCCGUAGAGAAUAAUGAACCUGUGAAAGUGGUUGUCGCUGACACCCUUGAAGACAUGGUUUUCAAAUCGGGAAAAAAUGUCUUGCUGGAGUUUUAUGCUCCCUGGUGUGGACAUUGUCAGAAAUUGGCACCAAUCUUGGAUGAAGUUGCUGUACAAUAUGAAAAUGAUGCUAAAGUUUUGAUUGCAAAACUUGAUGCAACUGCAAACGAUAUUGAGAAUCCGAACUUUGAUGUUAAAGGUUUCCCAACCGUUUACUUCAGAUCAGCUGACGGAAACAUAACUCCAUAUGAUGGUGAUAGGACCAAGGAAGACAUCAUCGACUUCAUCGAAAAGAACAGGGACAAGACUGUUCCUCAAGAACCAGUUAAAGAUGAGCUCUGAAGAGGGGUAAGUUUUCCUGCUGGACUUGAAAACAGAGAGUAACGGUGCAUUGUAAGUUUAAGUGCGAUGACUUAUCAUCCUCCUCCCCCCACCCCCCUUUAGCUUUUACAUUUGAGGAAAGAAACCUAUGAAUAAUGACAGAGGAUGUAAUUUUAUUAUUUCUGAAAGUUUGACGAUGUUUCCUCGGCUUUGUAACAGUUAAAUUUGCGACAGAAACAUCCGAGCACUGUCUAGAGAGGAUAUUUUGAUUUA